GGCUUUUUCCUCUCUCUCGCUUUCACGUCUUAUUAAUCUUAGAAUGCCCUCAGACAGAAAUCGAUCACGAUCGCCAUCACAUCAUCGCUCACGUUCACCUCCCCGUCGUCGACCAUCCUCUCGCUCAAGAUCACCCGCUCGUCGUCGUCGACCAUCCUCUCGUUCAAAUUCACCACCGCGACGCCGACGGACUUCACGCUCUCCGCCACCCUCUCGAUCGCGACGUUCACAUUCACCACCAUCACCAGAACGACAACAACGACGUAAUCAAGCAGGAGGAAGAGGACGCGGACGCGGACGAGGAAGAGACGACCGGAACAAACGCUAUGAGUGGGGCCGUGCAGAAGAUCGCGAACGGCCCAAAACGCCUCCACCUGUCGAGAGCGAAGAGCCUAAUUUUGGCUUAUCAGGCAAACUAGCAGCAGAGACGAAUACCGUCAAGGGCGUCGAACUCAAGUACAACGAACCAGCCGAAGCAGCCAAACCCAAGACUAAAUGGCGAUUGUACGUUUUUAAGGGUGAUCAACAGAUUGACUUGUUGCACAUUCAUCGGCAAAGCGCGUUUCUUUUUGGACGUGAUCGUGUUGUGGCAGAUAUUCCAGUAGAUCAUCCAUCGUGCUCAAAACAACACGCAGUGCUCCAGUUUCGACUCGUUCCUGAUCCAGAGACAAACACACAAGUCGUCAAACCGUUUAUCAUUGAUCUUGAGUCGACCAAUGGCACGUUUUUAAACGGUGACCAGAUACCAGCCACUCGGUUUGUCGAAAUGCGGAUGAAGGAUGUGCUCCGGUUUGGCCAAAGCACCCGAGAGUAUGUUUUGUUACAUAGCACAUGAAGAAAGCAAAUAAACCAUGUCUCCCGUCAUCUUCAAAACCUGCCACUAUGCUCGUGCCAUUCAGAUAGCCUUACAUAGUGUAUCGCAAAAUCAAGGACAUUAGAGUGUGACACGAAGCACUAUUUGAC